AUGAGGUUAUUGCCAGUAAGAUUUUUUUUGUAAACAAUUUUCAAAAAUUCGUUUUACAUUAAUCGUAAAAUACUAAUAAUUAAUAAUUAUUUAUGUAUCAUUCACAUGUUUAAAAAGUGCGAUGUAAGUGAAUAAGUAGGAAAAUCUGAAAAAUGGAUUUAUCUGAUACUGAGGAUGAACUUCUUGGUAGUUUUGCUUCUCAGUUGGAAAACUCUAUGUUGAACGCAGUACCUCAUAAUGGCUUAUUGCAAACAAAUAAUACAGGUCAAGAUCCGCCUUCGGAAACUCACCUAAAAGUGCUAUCUGAAUAUUUUGGUCACAAAAAGUUUAGGAUAAUACAGUGGCGAAUUAUUAGCUCAAUUUUGCGCUUCCAACGGGAUAAUUGUGCUAUCAUGGCAACAGGAUAUGGAAAGUCUUUGUGUUAUCAAUUUCCUGCGGUCUAUAAUGGGGGCGUCACUUUAGUCGUUUCACCAUUGAUUUCUUUGAUGGAAGACCAGGUCAUGAGCCUAAAAGUGUCGAACAUUUCAGCUUGUUUACUUGGUUCUGCACAAACAAAUCAAAUGGAAGUAAUUAAUGGCAUAUUCGAUAACAAGUACAGAGUGGUUUAUUUGACCCCAGAAUUUUGCACAAAUGGUUAUGGGAAACAGCUCUUGUGUGACUUUCAUAAGAAGCUAAAUAUAAUUCUAAUUGCUGUUGAUGAGGCUCAUUGUGUGAGUACAUGGGGUCAUGAUUUCCGUUUUGCCUAUAGAAAAUUGGGUUUGUUGAGGGAGAUCAUGCCUGAAGUCCCAAUUUUGGCUGUUACAGCAACUGCUACUCCACAAGUCAAGACUGAUAUAAUAAGUGUUCUGAAAUUGCGAAACCCACAGAUCUCAUGUUCAGGCUUUGACCGGCCAAACCUCUAUUUUGCUGUAAACUAUCAAAGUGGUAAUGCAUUUGCUGAUCUGACUAAACUUAUGGUCCGGAAGAGAGGUUUGUGGAGAUUUCAUGGGCCAACCAUAAUUUAUUGUAUAACAAGGAAAGACACUGAAACUAUAAGUGAGCUUUUGCAAUCCCAUGAUAUUAAAUGUCUUCCAUAUCAUGCAGGCAUGACCCUAUCUGAACGUUCUAGGGUGCAUGAAGAAUUCAUCAAAGAUAAAACUCAAGUAAUAGUAGCCACAGUAGCUUUUGGAAUGGGCAUAGACAAACAUGAUGUGAGAUGCAUAAUUCACUACGGAAGUUCAAAUUCUGUGGAAUCAUACUACCAAGAAGUGGGCAGAGCAGGUCGUGAUGGCUUACCAGCCAAAUGUGUGACAUUUUACAACAACAAAGACUUUAAUAUUCUUGCUCUUUUACGCUCAAAGAGUGGUGAUGCAAUCACCAAGUCUCGGAAAGAAAAAAUGGCAAACAUUAUGAGACAGUAUCUGGAAACAAGCAAAUGUCGCAGGCAGUUUAUUUUGUCUCAUUUUGAAAAUGAUCCUAGUUUGGAGCUACCUGAUCGAGAUAAUUGUUGUGAUAAUUGCGACAGAAAACAGAAAUCUUCCUGCGAAAGUGCAUUGUAUGAAGGUUUGAAUAAACAAGGAUUGUAUGACUUCACUGAUGAUGCAGUUUUAUUUUUGACAGCAGUAAACUCUACUGGUGGCCGUUUUGGUUUAAAUUUGUGUGUGUUAUUUAUCAGAGGUUCUAAGACUGCAAAACUUGAAUGUUUUAGAUUGAAAGAAGGAUUUGGAAAAGGUGCCGACAAGCCGGACUCCUGGUGGAAGGGCAUAGCUGCCAUACUGAUCCAAAGGAACUUUCUGUUUGGAAGAACUCAAUCUUCACUAUUUGGGGCGUGCACUUACCAAGUUACAUCGGUUGGUAAUACAUUUCUCGAAAGCGUAAGCAGAGGCGAGAAACUCAUGGCGCCUCCCUCAAAAGAGUUGAUACCGUUGCUCAAAAAAAGCAGGCAGGCAGAAUCAGGUUGGGUGUCUGCGGAAGGUGGUGAAGAAGCAUCAUCAUCAACUCAAGUAUUAGAUAACCCUCCAGAAGAAUCCAAAAUGGAAACAGAUGAGCGACUAAAAUGUUAUCGGCUGUUAAUCAAUGAAAGGAAUCGACUCGCUUCGAUAAACGACGUCAUGCCUUACACUGUGGCUUCUAAUGCCGCCCUCAUGCAAAUAGCCAAGCACAAACCGAAAGAUUUGGAACAGUUGCGCAAAUUACAGGUUGAAGGGUUUACUGAAGCGAAGCUUUUGAAGUUUGGCCCGGACUUGCUGAAAAUAACCCAGGUUAAUGCCUCGAACGAUAGGAGAUCUAUAUUGUCUAUACUUGCAGAACAUCCUUUAGAAAAUAUUUCAGAGUCGAGCGCUAUCACUUUUACCAUGUCUUUGUUUAACAGCGGUCUGACGAUUGAAGAAAUUGCAGAGAAAAGAAAAAUUUCCCCCAGUACGGUGAUGCUGAACCUGGUGGCUGCCAUGGAGAUCGGGUGGCCCAUUAAAAUGAGUCAGCUCGGAGUUACGAACGACGUGAGAGAUAUAAUAGUCGAGACUAUCAAUAACUUGGAUUCCGGCUUCUCUUCGUUGCUUCAAAUCAAAAGCGCGUGUCCGGAAAACGUUAAAUAUGACCAAAUUAGAGUUGUGGUUACUUAUUUGAAGAUUCGGGACCACUUGGAGAAACUGAAAAUACCUUAUGAGGAGUUUGAUGAUUUUCGGUACUUUACUGCUACCCCGUCCCCCGAUAAUUCCAUGAAGCCGGACGAUUUAAAUUUAGAUGAUGACAUACUCUUAGCGGCAUGUUACGACAUGGAAAACAAACUAGAUGGCAGCACGAUCGAUUUAACUGGCACACCGGAAAAUUCCAAUGAUGUUCUGUUAGCCGCAUGCUACAAUAUUGAAAAUGAACUACAAAAUCAUACUCCUAAGUCUUCUUCGGAGCCUCCCGAGAAAAAAUACAAAUGCACGGAUACCAAUGAGUUAUUGAACAUUCUUAACUCACCACCCAGAGAUUGUCCGUUUCAGGUAUCAGAUUCGUUAUCAAAAGAGUCUCAAGAGAGGGAACCUGAAUCAAACAGUUCAAACGGCAGUCAGCCCAGAGCCCUUAGCCGAACCAUGACAAAAGUUCAUUCCAAACCUCAGAUACCACAGUGGCUGAUGAAAAAAAAAAGAUAACUUAAAGUGGGAAUCCCAAAUUUAAGAUUUUCACAACUUUCCAAGCAGUUUUUAUCAUUUUGUAAACAUUGUCAUUAGCAUUGCCAGAUUUAAUUUAUUUUAUGUUUUCAAAAAUUAUUGAAUGCUCUUUAAUUUUGGCGUUUCAUUUCAGUACCAAAUGAUGUCUUUAGAUUACUGAACAAUAAGCUAAUAUUUAUAUAUGAACUUAAAAUCAUCAAACAAUAAUACAUUUAUACAUUCAAUCAGAUAAAAUUUGACUUGUUUUGAAUUUUUGUUGUAUAAAAAAUGUUGCGAAUCUCUUUUGGUCUGUAGGCCAAAGUCUAAUCAGACUCCCAGUUAGUACAUCAAAGACAAAAAAAGGUUAUUAGUCUGAAACAAUAAAAUUAAUAUAGAGCAUAUAACGUUCUUGGGAGUUUACUCUGAUUCCAAACGUUCAUUUUAAGCUCAUGACUGCCAAAAUAUUAUCCAAGACAAUGUUUCUUAUAAAAAAUCUGAAAAAUACUACCAACGAUGAAGUAACACGGAUGCAAAUGGAAUUUUUGCAUUCGAGAGAAGCGUAAUAAAAAUAAUAGAGAGGUUAGCAAUAGAUCUGACGUAAAAAAAUAUUAAUAAACUAGGAGGUCUAACAAUACAUGAUAAUCAAGAUACAAAACCUGACUUCAAAAUUAAAAAUCAAAACGUUCUUAAUAAAUAUUUCAAAAACAGUGUGUGUUUAUAGAAAUAAUUGUAGAAUACCUUUUUAUUAAGCUAUAUUGAGCGCAAUAUCAUUUUCAGUGGUUUAAUCAACGCGCAUUCACUACGGAGCACCCUGUAUUAAGUCAUGUGGUGGUCGAAGUCGCUCGACCUGUGUCUAGCGUUCUUGCAAAAUCGCUUGUAACUUAAAGGAGAUUAGUUAUCGUUUAUGAGUCGAAACUUUGCAAAUUUAGUAUACAUGAGUAUGGGACCUUAGCUAAGGGUAUAAUAGUGCUGCCGAGGAUAGAACAUCGCGCACACAGGCGGAGCGAACGGGUCACGUCACUGACGCGGAGUUUGAUUUGGCGGGAUUCUUAACCAAAUCUCAUUGUGUUGUGUUUUUUCGGUCUUUGUAGAAUUUCAGUGCUUUUUUGUAGUUUGGAUUAAUUAUUUUUUAUCAAAAUGUGGUGUUCUGUGGCAGGCGGCAAUAGAAAAUAU